GGCGGAGAAUGAAAGACCAGAGGAGGAUCACUACAAUGGCCCUGGUCUACUCUGGGAGGCUUUGGAGAAAGACAGUGACUUCAGCAGCAAGGAGGAGUCUCGGUAUUGGGGCAUCCGGGAAUAUCGUAUGGAUGCACUGGAGCUCCCUAAUACUACAGUCCUGGGACCAGAUAUCACCCGUCUGGUCGCUAUAGAAUGGGAACUGGAGCAG